AUGCUUCUCCUAGACUACCAAAAUGUUCUCAUCCAAUCGCUUCUCACAGAGCGCUUCUCAGGUGCUGCCCCCGUCUCAAUAGAUCAGGUCGUCUCCGACUUUGACGGCGUCACAUUCCACCUCUCCACACCCGAAUCAAAGACCAAAAUCCUGAUCUCAAUUGCCCUCAAGUGCUUCCGCGAAUUGGUCCAGUAUGGUGCCCAGGAAGUCCUCGAGCGCGAGUAUGGUCCAUACAUCGUCAACCCGGAGCCUGGAUACGACUUUUCCGUGCAGAUCGACUUGGAGAAUUUACCGGCGGAUGCAGAGGGAAAGGAGGAAUUGAUUGGACGUUUAUCUCUGCUAAAGCGCAAUGUCAUGGCUGCCCCGUUCGAGCGUGCGUUUGAUGAGUUUGCGAAAUUGUCGGAGGAAGCGGCGAAAUAUACCUCAGAGUCGGCUCCUCAGGGUGUGAAGGAAGGUGGAGAGGUGAUGGCGAUUCAUUAUCGAGAGGAGGAGGCUAUUUAUAUCAAGUCUAGUCAUGACCGGGUUACGGUUAUUUUCAGCACAAUCUUCCGCGAGGAGACGGAUCGUAUAUUUGGCAAGGUUUUCUUGCAGGAAUUCGUCGAUGCUCGAAGACGAGUGCAGUCACUCCAGAACGCUCCUCAAGUGCUAUUCCGAAACGACCCUCCUCUCGAGUUACAAGGCAUUCCAGGAUUGAAGAACUCGGGCGAUGGAAAAUACAGUUAUAUCACCUUUGUCCUCUUCCCACGACACUUGACACCUCAACGCCGCUACGAUAGCAUCUCUCACAUCCAGACCUUCCGUGACUACUUCCAUUACCACAUUAAGGCAUCCAAGGCCUACAUCCACACUCGUAUGCGAAAGCGUACCGCUGACUUCCUCCAAAUCCUUAACCGUGCGAGACCCGAGAACGAAGAACGCGAACGAAAGACGGCGAGUGGAAGGACCUUCCGUGUUCAGGGUUAA